UUAGAGAGGGCGCGUGGCACAACUCUAUAUAAGGGCGAGCGCCGGAUUUGAACUGUCAGAUACUAAUGUUGUGACUUGCCUGCGCCUUUGGAUUACUACUUGUUCAGUAUAACUCUUUUCAUUUUCUAACAUGGGUCAACACGGCAGUUGCAUACAAGGGAAUACGGAUUGGGUAGGACCAUACAGGAAAAGUUCUGGUAAAGAUGCAGAAGCUGAGUUUUAUGAUCGUCUAAGAAAAUUCGCCACAUCUGGCUCUAACAAAGAUUUACAUGACUUUGAGAUUUUUUUCAAAAGUAAAGUGAAUCCAACCUGCCCUCAGCAUGGGACCAGAACACUAGCUGAAGGCACCAAACAGCAAUCUUUAGAACCUCAAAAGUGUUCUACGCUGCCAGUGAUGAGCAAAUUUGAGGACAUCAUUCAUAAAGAAAGUCACUGCAAAGAUGUUAAUUUUAGCACUCCAGAAAAAGACACUAAACUAGCCAGUAUUCAGCCAAUUGUUGUCAACAAAAGCUCUUGUUUAGUCCAUGGAAAUGCUGGUGAAAAAGUAAUACAAACCAAAUCUUCAGUUUGCAAAGUUCAUGGAAACCAGCAUACAAAAUUUACAAGAGGCAAAAUUGAAAUGAUACCAGUUAUUCAAGAAAAACUGCCACUACCUCCAUACAAAUAUCCACCUCAACUGACGACACCUCUGCUUACAGAACACUCAGUAAUAAGCCCAAAUAUGAAAUUAACCUAUGAAGAAGAAGAAACUUGUGAGGAUGAUUCCAGUAUUUUUUCAUGCCCAGAUUUUUUAAAAACUUUAAUACUGCCCACUGAUGAACCAGAAACCAUAGAUGUUCUUGCAUCUGUAGGAGUCAAAUCAGCAAAAGAAACUAUUCAGAAACUCGAAGAUCGUGCUGAAAACAUAGUUGAAACUUUUGGUGUUGUGCUGAAGCAUUUGGAACAUGGAGACUGGUCAACAUUUUGCAUUAGUACAAGCAGACUUUGUGAUGAUAUAAAGAAAACUAUGCGUGAUUACCAUCUGAACUCUGAGAUGGAAGAUGUUGCAGCACUUAAGAUUAAAAACCAUGUAACAGGAGCGUUGAAUAAGUUGACUACACACAUUCUCAGUUUAAAUCAGGAAAUUUCUACUGAAAGCAAUCACAAUGUUUUGCUCCCAUCAUUCAAAGUACUUGGUGAAGUUCUGCAUGAGAUGAUGGAAUUUCUCAUCAGCAAAGAAUUAAAAGUGCUGAUUGAAUGUUUAAACCAUGAUUCCAACAACUCAUGCAUCAGAAUGGCAAUAUGUGCUCUUGCAGAGAUGUCCCUCUCUGGUAGACUGAUGUGUAAACUUAUUGUUGAGGCAGGUGCUAUUCCUCCACUUCUAGGAAUCUGCAAGGUGCGCAAAUGUGCCCAUUUACGUCCACUUGCAUUACGUACUUUGACAGCCAUCUGCUCAUUCUGGGAAGCUAUUGAUAAAUUUGAAGAUGUUUCAGGUUUUGAUACAGUAAUGGACAUCUUAUCAGAAGAAACAGAAGAGAAAGUUUUAAGUGAAACAGUGGGUCUUCUGGCUCAAGUAUUAAAGCAAUGGAGUGAAAAGAAAUGUCCCCUAGCUCAGAAAAUUGGACCUAGCCAGAACCAACUAGUCAAAUACCUCAUAGGAACAGCACAAAAAGCACUUUCACCAGAGAUGUUUCUGCUGUCUGCAGCAUGUCUUGCCACUCUGUCCACCAUCAAUAUCCAUGCUGCUAACUGGCUGCAAGUUCAUGCCCAAGAGAUGAGACUUCUGGCAUUCAACACAAAGCAAGAAAGUUACGUGUAAAUAUUCUUCAAGACCUGCUGGGACAUUAAGAACUAGUCAUACCCAAGUCUUUCUUUCAUAACUUUACUAGUCAGAAAUGGACUAAGUCAUUCUGGAUAUCCAAUGAUAUUCAAAAACUGGUUGAGUGUAACAUGUGUAUAUAUGAUCACUUUGGACCCAAACAUACUUGAAAAUGGACAUCCUUAAAUAACAUUCUGCAUCUUUAAAUACAUGCAGUGAAGUUAUAUCUCCAAAGUGUUUAAUACAAAAAAACAUUUUGUAAAUAAUCAUGUCUUUCAAUUUCGAAAAUCUUGUAAAUACUUAUAAUUUUUAUAGUUUUGUGUAUAUCUAUAAUCAUGUGCGUCUAAAAUGUUUGAAUUCUGAAUACCUGUGGCAUUUAUUUACAUUAAUAUAUGUAAAAUAAUCAUGGUCUUUCAUUUCACCUGAUUGUAAAUAUUCUAGUCAAGUUAUCUGAAGAAGUUUUGCUAGCAUCUGCACAUUAAAAAAUUUGAAACAUUCUGUGAAAAAAUUUGAUUAAAUUUUUGCAUUAGUUAAUCUAAAAAAAAUGUUUCAAAUGUUAAAAUUAUAGCACAACUACAAAUCUUCACAGCACGAAAUGUGAAAAGCAAUACAAUAUGCAAUUUAAAUCAGCUAGCAUUACCAAAGUUCUUAUACAAAGUUUAGCUGCAUACUGCCAUUGCACUUAUCUAUGUACAGCAUACUAACAUUUAAAAAUUUAGAAUGUUACCUUUAUUUGUUACCUCUAUUGUUCAAAAAUAAAAUUGAUUUUGGAUGAUGUAUUUCAGUUAUGUUUUUAUUUUGGAUAUGAGAUUAUUUUAAGAAAUAUAUAUUAGCUUAAAAAAACAAUUUACAACUUUUAAAUUUAUAGCAAUUCUUAAACAAAUUGGCAUUAAAUUUAUACAACUAUUUAAUUCUCACUUUCAGUAAGAAUAUAGAAUUUUCUACUGAAUCAGAUAUCUUCCAUUAGUAGAACUAUUAAUUUUUUUUUUAUAACCUGCCUAGGUUCAAGAGAAAUCAUCCUACAAGUUUUUGUAAAGUAUUGUAAAUGCAUAAGUAUAUCAUUAGAAUAAUUACUAGUAAAACAAUCACAAGUGUUAAAAAAUAAUUUUCUAAUAUGCCAAAAGAAAGCUAAAUGCACUAUUAAAGCAUGCAUGCUUAAUUUAUAAAAUACCUUUUUAAAGUACUUUAUAAUUUUAUAUAUAUUAAGAAAAUUCAGUUCACUUUUUAAAGUGUAUCUCACAAAAACAUUAAUGCAUUGGAAAAGAGAACUGCCAAAUAUCUUGCAACUAUUAUGUAUCAGUCAAAUUUCAAAUCACUUCAUAAAUUCAUUUAAAUUAACUAUACAUGGAUAUCAAAUUCUUGAGAUUGUAAGCUUUCCUUUGCAUAAGGAGGGAAAAAUUAAUACAGUGUUAAUUUUCAAAAUCAUAACUUCUUACCUAUUAGCUUACCAAUAUUCUCCUCUUGCUACUAUGCAGAUAAUAGUAUAUAUGGAAUGUAUUAAGAAGAGGACACAAUAAAAUUGUAAUAAAAAAUUAACAAUAUUUAUUACAAUUUUAUUGUGAGCUCUUCUUAAUAAUCACGAGACAUUUAUUCCUCCAUAUCCCUUUCAGAAAAUGCAUUAUUCAAGUGAUUCUUAUUAAGCUAAAAAUAACCAUGUGUUAAGAUUUCAAAUAUAUUCAAUUUUCAAAACACUGCUCUCUCUCUCUACAACAUAAAAUUUGGUAUGCUUUUAUCAUAGAAAAAAUUUAGCUAUUUACCAAUAUAUUCUGCAGUUAAAUAUGGAAAUGCAAAAAAAAAAUUCAGAAAUACACACACACAUAAAAAAGGGCAGUAAAGAUUUUGAAGAAACUCAAACCUACUCAUAUAUGAUGUUAACAUGUUAAUAACCAUCAAAAAUUUAAUAUAAUUUUUAGUAUCAAUAAUUUAUGCAUUUUCUGUUGUCAUUAUAAGGAAUUAAUAAUUUAUGCAAUAUAUAUAUAUAUAUAUAUAGUUUUGCCCAUAAAUUUUCAUAUUGGCAGGCUACUCUAGUGCCAAUUAUCACAGCAUAUUGCACAUUUUGCAUAAACUGAUAAUUUUACAUAUAUGUAAUGAAAAAAAUGCACAACUGUAAAUAGAAAUAAAAAAUUUAUUUAGUUAAAAUAAAACUGAUCUAGUUCAUUUUUGUUACAAUUCUUGAAAAAAAAUUUUUUUUUUUUGCUAACACAAUAUUUAAAGCAAACUAGUUUGUACAUAAGCUGAUAUUGAAUAAUAAUUUCAUGAAAAAAUUCAACAUAUAUUACAAAAACAAUUAUCAACAAAAAUUUGUUUUGCAUAAAGAAAGAACCAAUCUGCCAAGUAGCAGUAAUUUCAACUAAAAAAUUUAUAUACUUUAGAGCAUGCAUUAUCUUUCAGAAAAUAAUUACUAAUAAACAUAACACAAAAUUGUCAUUUGCUAUAAAAGCUUUUUUUUUAAAUUCUUUCUUAUUUAUCUUUUCUACAGGCAAAUUAUGUAAGGCAUUCUUUUUCAUUUAUUUUGCCCAACUGCUUUAGAAUAGGAAAACUUUGUUGUUGUUUUUUAACUCACAGGAAAAGAUUAAAGAAUCUAAGUCAAAUUCAAAACAAAUUUACAUUUUUCUCGUAAAAAUAAAAUUAAAAAAAAAAAAAAAA